AUGCGCCUCCAACCCGUCCAAUCCCCCGACAAAGCCCUAACAUACUCCAACAUCUGCGCCGUCAGUCAAGAAGACAUCCGCCCUUCUCCCGACGGCAAUGACGUCCAUCUCCUCCUUAACGGACAAUUCGUGCUCAACGCUCGGCCUCUGCCAGGCUUCCCACGAGGUCAAAUCAGUCUGAACGAGAUCCAACGGACAUGGAUGAGAAUAGCUGUCACGGAUGUCGUGGAGGUGGAGAUGUUCGACCCGUUCCGACAAGGAGCACAGAGUUAUCUCGGAGCGAUGGAUAUUGAGAUUGGAUAUGCGGGCACGAAAGCUCCUGCGGGUGCACCGCCUUUUGAUCAGGAUGAGCUGGCGGACGCGGUGACCAAGGUGUUUCGAAACCAGAUUUUCGCACCUGGGCAGAGUUUCCUGCUGGACUUCCGUGGACCGAAGAUGAAGCUCACAGUCAGGACGGUCGAAUUGGUGGAUCUGGCGAGUUUGAAAUCGAGUGGAGGAGCGCAGCAGACACAUCCGCAGGCGAGGGGUAUACUCAUCCCGGAGACUACGAUCAACUUCUUCAAAGAUGCGAAAUCGCCGAUUCAGUUGAAGGGGUCUACGAGGAGGCCGGCUGCGAAUUCGGUCAUUCGACCGGACUUCAAGUUUGAAGAUAUGGGUAUUGGUGGGUUGGACAAGGAGUUCAGCGAUAUCUUUCGAAGAGCUUUUGCAUCUCGUAUAUUCCCUCCAGGACUGGCGGAGAAGCUGGGCAUUCAGCACGUGCGAGGAAUCCUGCUAUAUGGCCCGCCAGGAACAGGGAAGACGCUCAUUGCACGACAAAUCGGAAAGAUGCUCAACGCACGAGAACCCAAAGUGAUCAACGGUCCUGAAGUGCUCAACAAAUACGUCGGUCAGUCCGAAGAGAACAUCCGCAAACUCUUCGCCGACGCAGAAAAAGAGCAAAAGGAAAAAGGCGACGAGUCCGGCCUCCACAUCAUCAUAUUCGACGAACUCGACGCCGUAUGCAAACAACGAGGUUCCGGCGCCGGAGGCGGCACAGGCGUAGGCGACAGCGUCGUCAACCAACUCCUCUCCAAACUCGACGGCGUCGAACAACUCAACAACAUCCUCCUCAUCGGCAUGACCAACCGCAAAGACAUGAUCGACGAAGCCCUCCUCCGCUCCGGCCGUCUCGAAGUCCACAUGGAAAUCUCCCUCCCGGACGAACACGGCCGCCGCCAAAUCCUCAAAAUCCACACGACCAAAAUGUCCGACAACGACAAACUCGGCCCGGACGUAGACCUCGACGAACUCGCCCGUCUCACGCGCAACUUCUCCGGCGCGGAAAUUUCCGGCCUGGUUAAAUCCGCCUCCUCCUUUGCUCUCCAACGGCACAUCAAAGGCGGCACGGUCGCCGCAUUAUCCGACGACAUCGAAACGAUGAAAAUCGGCAUGUCCGACUUCCUCGGCGCGCUGGACGAAGUCAAGCCCCUCUUCGGCGUCAGCGAGGAGGAUCUCGAUGACUGCGUCGAAGGCGGAAUCAUCCACUUCGGCCCACAAGUCGACAAGAUUCUCAAAAACGGCCGCGACUUCGUCGAGCAAGUCCGCACCAACACCACGCGCUUACACUCGGUCCUCCUCCACGGUCCACGAGGGAGCGGCAAAACCGCGCUGGCCGCAAAAAUCGCCCUCCUCUCCGAGUUCCCAUUCAUCAAACUCGUGCGUCCGGUGGACAUGGUCGGCAUGAACGAAUUACAAAAAAUCCAAACUCUCAGCAAAGUCUUCACAGACGCUUACAAGUCCCCGCUCAACGUCCUCGUGCUGGACAAUAUCGAACUGCUCGUGGACUGGGUUCCCGUCGGACCCCGCUUUUCUUCCGCCGUCCUCGCCGCCUUGAAGGGAUUAAUGGAACAGAAACCACCCAAGAACCGUCCGCUUCUCAUCCUCGCCACCACCUCCGAGCGCACGGUGCUGCAACAAUUGCAACUGUCGUUUAAAGCGCAAAUCGCGGUUCCGAAUUUACAAAGUCAACAGGAGUUGGCGGUCGUGAUGCGGGAAAGCGGACAAUUCGACGAGGAAGGGAUCAAGAGGGCGAUUGGAGAGAUUGAGGAGACGACGGGGGGGAAGACGAUUGGAGUGGGGAUUCAGAGGAUCAUUUUGGGGAUUCAGACGGCGAUGCAGGAUCCUGAUCGGGCGGGACGGUUUGCGGAGGUGAUGUGUGAGUAUGUGCAGGAGGCGAGGGGGGAGUAG